GCCCCGGGCCCUCGCGGCGGGGGCUGCCCGGGGUCGCGGGCAGUCAGUUGAGGCGGCCGGAGCUCCGCGGAGGGCGGGCCCGGCGUCCCGGUGCGGGCCAUGCCGAGGAAGAAGCCUUUCAGCGUGAAGCAGAAGAAGAAGCAGCUGCAGGACAAGCGGGAACGGAAGCGAGGGCUUCAAGAUGGGCUGCGCUCCAGUUCCAACAGCCGCAGCGGGAGCCGGGAGCGGCGGGAGGAGCAGACUGAUACCUCGGACGGGGAGUCCGUGACCCAUCACAUCCGCAGGCUUAAUCAGCAGCCAACCCAGGGGCUGGGCCCGCGGAGCUUCGACCCAAAUCGAUACCGGCUGCAUUUUGAGCGGGACAGCAGGGAGGAUGUGGAGAGGAGGAAGAGAGCAGCCCGGGAGCAAGUGCUGCAGCCUGUCAGCCCGGAGGUACUGGAGCUGGACAUCAGAGAAGUCUAUCAGCCUGACUCAGUCCUAGACUUCCCUCGACGUCCUCCUUGGAGCUAUGAGAUGUCCAAGGAGCAAUUGAUGAGCCAGGAGGAACGCAGCUUCCAGGAGUAUCUUGGGAAGAUUCAUGGGGCCUACCCCUCUUCGAAGCUCAGCUACUUUGAGCAUAACCUGGAGACAUGGAGGCAGCUGUGGCGAGUGUUAGAGAUGUCUGACAUUGUCCUGCUCAUCACUGAUAUCCGGCAUCCAGUUGUGAAUUUCCCGCCCGCGCUUUAUGAGUACGUGACUGGAGAACUUGGGCUGGCCCUGGUGCUGGUUCUGAACAAGGUGGACCUGGCCUCGCCGGCUCUCGUGGUUGCCUGGAAGCACUAUUUCCACCAACACUACCCCCAGCUGCACAUCGUCCUGUUCACCUCUUUCCCUCGGGAUCCCUGCGCCCCACAGGACCCCAGUAGCGUCUUAAAAAAGAGUCGGAAGCGUGGGAGAGGGUGGACCCGGGCUCUGGGACCGGAGCAGUUGCUCAGAGCCUGUGAAGCCAUCACUGCGGGGAAAGCAGUAGACCUGAGCAGCUGGCGGGAGAAGAUUGCACGGGACGUGGCUGGGGCCCCCUGGGGCAAUGGCUCCGGGGAGGAGGAGGAGGAGGACGAUGGACCCGCAGUCCUGGUGGAGCAGCAGACUGAUUCUGCCAUGGAGCCAGCCGGCCCCGCUCGGGAGCGCUAUAAGGACGGGGUGGUGACCAUCGGCUGUGUGGGUUUCCCCAACGUGGGAAAGUCUUCGCUGAUCAACGGCCUGGUGGGGCGGAAGGUUGUGAGUGUGUCCAGGACGCCGGGCCACACCCGAUACUUUCAGACCUAUUUCCUCACGCCUUCUGUGAAGCUCUGUGACUGCCCCGGCCUCAUCUUCCCCUCUCUCCUGCCCAGGCAGCUGCAGGUCCUGGCAGGGAUCUACCCCAUUGCCCAAAUCCAGGAGCCAUACACAGCCGUGGGCUAUCUAGCCUCCCGGGUCCCCGUCCAGGCGCUGCUCCGCCUGCGCCACCCAGAGGCUGUGGGCCCCUCAGCAGAGCACGCCUGGUGUGCCUGGGAUGUCUGUGAAGCCUGGGCAGAGAGGCGUGGUUACAAGACCGCCAAGGCGGCUCGCAAUGACGUGUACAGGGCCGCCAAUAGCCUCCUGCGGCUGGCGGUGGAUGGCCGCCUCAGCCUGUGUUUCCAUCCGCCUGGCUUCAGCGAACAGAAAGGCACCUGGGAGUCCCAUCCAGAAACCAUGGAGCUGGUGGUCUUGCAGGGCAGGGUGGGCCCAGCAGGUGAUGAGGAAGAGGAAGAGGAGGAAGAGGAAGAACUGAGUAGCUCCUGUGAGGAAGAAGGAGAGGAAGACCGGGAUGCAGAUGAGGAGGGGGAAGGAGAUGAGGACACCCCUACCUCAGCUCCAGGGUCCAGCCUGGCUGCCCGAAACCCUUAUGCCCUUCUGGGUGAGGACGAGUGCUGAGUCCCACCCUGCGCCAUCUGCCCUGCCCAGUAUCUGCUUUUGGACUGACCUGGGGGAAUCCCCUCUGCUGGCCCGAUUGUGAAUAAAGAUUGUCUGCUUCGUA